CCGCCGGGCCGCGCACAUGCCGCCGGCCAUGAUUUGCACCCCCCCCUCUUGGACGUCCCCCUCUUGGCCGCUCCCGAUAUGACGAGCCAGCCAGCGCGCAGUUGGGCCAUCAGCUGUGCAGCGCGCCGGGCGAACUGGGGGAGGCACAGGGGGUGCUUCAGGGUUGGGCGGUGUGUGCCGAGGGGGGGGGUGAGAGGUCGGUCGCUCCGCCUGGCUCGAGCCCGUGCACGUUUGCAGCAUCAGGGUGCGCGCGGCAACGAUGGCUCGCGCUGCCAUGAGGAGUCUGGCCCUUGCCGCCGCGGCUGCGGCGGCGUGCGGCCUCCUCUGCACGCUCGCGCCGCACGCCUUCGCGGCCCCGGUGGCUCCCAGGGCGCUGGCGCCUGGCUCCUCGGUGCAGCUCGGCGGCCGCCACGGGGCCGCCCAGCUGGCCGGGCCCGUGGCCGCAGGCCGCGGCGACUCUGGGCUGUGGCCGCUGGCGCUCGGCGCGCUCGCGGCAGGCGCCCUGGCCGCGGCGCGGUCGGCAGGCGCGCGCAGGGGCCGCUCCACGGUCGCCCGGCGGGUGACCCUGGAGGACAUCGAGAGCCUGACCAUGAACGACAUCAGGAGGAUCAACCCCCACUGGAGGCCGAAGUGCACCCUCGGGACGGCCCGGAGGGCCGCCGUUUGCGAGUCUAUCAUCGCGAAGCUGGAGAGCAGCUACUUUGUCAUGAUCUUCAACCAGGUCAACGCGACCAUGGCAGAGAGCCAGAAGAUCCGGGACAGCUUCCCGAUGUCGGUGGUCUGCCGGCGCCUGAAGAACGGCCUGCUCAGGAAGGCCUUGAACGACGCGGAGGGUGGCCUGUGGAAGCCACUCGCGGAGAAGGUUGGCGGCUACUCCACGGUCGUCUUCGUGCCUGACGACAAGACCCUGAAGGACACGGUCAAGGCCUACAAGAAGGUGGUCAAGGAGUUCAAGCUGCACGAUCGGUGCGCGGCGAUGAACGAGUACAGGGACUUCCUGCAGCCCUUCUGCGUCGGCGGCAUCAUCCGCGACGAGUGGGAGCUGAUCCCGGGCGAGAAAAUCCCCGACCUGGAGAACUUCCAGACCAAGACGGAUUUGAUCUGCAGCAUCGCUCGCGGCGUCAAGAUGGUCACGCAGAAGAUCGCCGUUGGUGUCAAGCAGGUUCCGUCGAAGCUGGCAGUUGGCACGAAGAAGGUCGUGGAGAAGAUGGAGGAGGGCGGCAAGGACUCGGUGGCCGACGUCGUGGCAUAGGCGCCAGGCAUCGAGCGCUGAGAGUCACUCUGGCCACCUGCGCGCGCGAUGCGCGCGCGCGCUGCGCGGGCGCGCGCCUGCGCGGAAGCGGUGGGCUCUGCGAGAGCGUGCGCCGAGAAGGGAGGACCGCCGAGGCUCGACGGUCGCGGGAGGAGCUGGCCCUGCUGCAGGUGCCGGUGGCGGGCUCCCCACCGGCCUGGGGCCCGGGCACCCUCGGCGGGAGGCCGAGAAACGUUGAGAGGAG